GCAACAUACAUAAUGAAUAAACAAGGCAAAAAGCCCAUGAUCUCAACACAAAAAAGGAGUUAUGUUACUUGGACUCCCCAAAUGGAUAUGAUCCUCACGUCAACUUUGCUUGAGCAAAUUACUGGAGGGAACAAAGGCGAUGGAGAUUUUAAGCCACAAGCUUAUCAAGCUGCGGUUGACAAGCUAAGGUUGGAUUUGCGAUUGAAUGUUACGAUAGAUCAUGUCAAGAAUAGGAUUAAAGUUUGGAAGAAACAUUAUGCGACAAUCACUGAAAUCAGAACUUACACCAAAUUCAUAUGGGACGAUGAAAGGAAGAUGAUUAAGAUCCGAGUCGAAGACCUUGUGGCAUGGCAGGAUUAUUGUAAGGAUAAUCCUAGUGCCUCUGCUUACCAAAACAAGCAAAUUGACAACUGGGAUGAUAGUUGCACUCUAGUAGCUGUGGAUAGAGCGGUGGGUGAUGGUGCGGAGCAACAUGAGGAGUCGGCAUCAGCUAUGGAGGCCGAGAAUGAAGGGGGUAGCACUUCUGAGACACCUUCAGGAGAGUCCAACAAGAGACUUAAAAGGGAUCGUCUGGCAGAUGCGGUUAGUUGCUUUGCCGAAUCCUUCAAGGACUACCUUAAAGCAAAAGAUCCACCAAAACCCACUUCUUCUGAGGUAUAUGACGUUGUUUCUAAUGUUCUUGGUAUUACUCGACAUCAAAUUAUGAGGGCUGUGAAGAGGUUCCUUGGUGGCACAGUAGAAGAGUUUGACAUGCUCAAGCGUCUUCCAGAACAUGAGAAGUUGGAUUGGAUUUUAUUGUGCCUAGAAUAG